AUGGCUGCCGCCGUCCUCGCGACCCCGACCGUUGGCGCGUCGCCAAUGACCAUCACGCCCAUCCCAACCGCCGCCGGUCUCGAGCUCCGCGACAAGCAGGUCGCGACGACCGUGGCCCUGACGACGACCUUCACGCCUCCCGCUCAUUGCACCGAGAACCACUUGACCAUGUUGGUCGGCGCCCUGGAGAAGAUCUGGAUCAACGAACCCGUGCCGCUUCCCAACUCGACCAUCACAUCAUGCUAUCCUACCGAAUGGGUGAACGGAUACUCUUCCGUCAUGUCCAAGUCCAGCUCCAUGGCCCCCGUCAUGAGCCCGUUGGUAUGCCCAAGUGGCUGGAACACCAUCAGCAGCACCUGGUCCAGCGGCUACAUUGCGUGUUGCGCCGAUGGCUUCACCUUUGCAGCUCCCACCAAGACCGCCGACCGCGACCGUCCUGCCUAUGGCGGUACCUGCUACUCCAACUUCGAUCUCAGCCAGACCGCCACCGUCACCGUUUACAACCCCGUCGAGCUCUCGACAACGAUCGCGUGGGUCGCGACUACGACACCCGCCCAGGCUUACGCUCACCCCAUCGAGGGCAUUGCGGCAGACUACACGCCGACAACUUCGGCCUCAUCCGCGCAGGAAUCCAGCGGUGGAACGCAAAACUCGGACGACAACGCUGCACCGAGACUGGGAGGCAAUUCAAAGGCCGCGAUUGUUAUUGGAGUUCUGCUUGCAAGCUUGAUGGCAUGGUAA